AUGGCUGUUCUCUGGGCUCUUUGCCUCUGGUUCUGUGUAGCUCUGCCGAGCGUACUUGGUCUCCAGGUCACACCAGGCUCAGGCUGCGCAGCUGUGUGUUUGGACAAUCCAGAAAGCGACGCCCUCGAUUCUGCUUCAUCUUCGACAAACGCAUCCGAUAUCACAUGCAGCGACUCUGAUUAUACAGAAUCGAGCAAGGGUAUCAAGUUCAAGAAUUGCAUUGAUUGCCUUCAGACAAGCAGGGCAGUAAGCAAUGACGAGAGCGAUACCCGCUGGUUUAUUUAUAAUGUCCAGUAUUCUGUUGAUGUGUGCUUAUUUGGGUAUCCAAACACGACAAGGACGAUUUCGUCACCUUGCAAUAUAAAUUAUGCUUGCCAACCUUUGAAAACAGCACUCGAGACGGGCAUCCUUGACCCGAGCAAGGAUAGCGAGUUUGAAUAUUGCGAUGCAGACGGAGGGCAUUUUAAUGGCACAGCUGUCGAUGCCUGCACACAGUGCCUACAAGCCAGUGAUGAUCAACAGUAUCUGGCCAACUUCAUGACUGCGCUCCGAGCGGGCUGCAAACAACGUCCACAACCAGGAGCUUUGAUCGGCCUGAGUGAUUCUCUUUUCACAAAGAAUCUCGUCAACAUUACAGCGCCACCCUCAAAUGACACAGCUACGGGCGAUGGUGACUCAACAGCGACACUAAUGACUACCGGUGCCAUUGUUGGGAUAGCUGUUGGCGCAGCUUUGUUGUUCCUUGGGGGUACUGCCCUAUUCUGGGUUUAUCAUAGAAAACAAAAACGAUUGUACGACUCAAAUGUAGUCUAUAAGUACGAUCCUAGGGAAGGAAGCGCAUCUGUCACACCACCGCUGAAGUGGCCAUCUGCCUCAAUCGACAGCAAGCCUGGCUCCGUCUUGAGCCAAUAUGAGCUCAGGACGCAAGCUACAUUGAGGACUGGCAACGACCACCCAGAUUUCGACGAGGAGGUACCAAUCCAACGAGCCAAUUAUCAUUUCGAUCCGAAUCAAUCCAGUAGAGGUCCAGGUAGCGCUUUGCCGGUUCACCCAGCAUAUGUCCCGCGGGCCAUGAGCCGAACAGGAGCCCGUGAGCUGUCGCCCGAGCCACCGUUUUCCUUGACGAGUAAUCCAAGGGAUAAUUACACCUCGAGUAUACAUCUCGUUGCUUCAAGGGAAGUCGAGGUCUCUUCGAUAGGCCCUCGUACCAUGGUACCAGCGAGUCUCGCUCCUUCAAGACUUGGUACGAGAGCUGCCGUUGAACCCACGUAUACCGGUUCGUAUAAUACAUCACGUCCGCCACCACCUCCCGGCCCACCGCAGUCGAUACUGAGCCGUGGAAUACCGCCUCGUCGAGGGUCGAACCAGCCGCUGCUGCCAGGACCGCCGCCGCCGCCACCGCCACCAACGAUUCGGGCUCCAAAGCUGACGCUUCCGUCGGUGCCCAGACUGCGAGGAGCAAAAAAGUAUCAGCCACCACAGAUUAUCGUCGAAUUGGCAACCCCUGUUUCAGGUCCUGGCGAGUCAGUGCCGAUUGGCAUCGAGAUCAGUCACCCACUGACUGAACAUGGGCAGCGCUUCGCCUAG